GCAUCAGCUUCUCACUAGUAACCACUUUCCUUCUGCUAUGGAGUUUCACUGCCUUGCAUUACUUUUUUCUCUCAGUGUGAUACUGAUGGCAGCUUAUUAGGCUGCCUUACCUCCAGAGAUUUACUGGGAAAGGAUGCUUCCAAACACACCAAUCCCCAAAGCAGUCACACAACUUCCCAAGCUUGAUGAGAUUCUUUCUCUUGGUGGUGAGAAAACUCAAUUACAAGAUGGUAUCAACCAGAUGUCAUCAUCAGAAGACGGAAAUCAAUUAUUUGUCUGGGGUGUUAAGAAAAAUCAUGGUGUCAAAGAGAUGUCAUCAUCAGAAGACGGAAAUCAAUUAUUUGUCUGGGGUGUUAAGAAAAAUCAUGGUGGUCAAGAGAUGUCAUCAUCAGAAGACGGAAAUCAAUUAUUAGUCUGGGGUGUUAAGAAAAAUCAUGGUGUCAAAGAGAUGUCAUCAUCAGAAGACGGAAAUCAAUUAUUUGUCUGGGGUGUUAAGAAAAAUCAUGGUGGUCAAGAGAUGUCAUCAUCAGAAGACGGAAAUCAAUUAUUAGUCUGGGGUGUUAAGAAAAAUCAUGGUGUCAAAGAGAUGUCAUCAUCAGAAGACGGAAAUCAAUUAUUUGUCUGGGGUGUUAAGAAAAAUCAUGGUGUCAAAGAGAUGUCAUCAUCAGAAGACGGAAAUCAAUUAUUUUUCUGGGGUGUUAAGAAAAAUCAUGGUGUCAAAGAGAUGUCAUCAUCAGAAGACGGAAAUCAAUUAUUUGUCUGGGGUGUUAAGAAAAAUCAUGGUGGUCAAGAGAUGUCAUCAUCAGAAGACGGAAAUCAAUUAUUAGUCUGGGGUGUUAAGAAAAAUCAUGGUGUCAAAGAGAUGUCAUCAUCAGAAGACGGAAAUCAAUUAUUUGUCUGGGGUGUUAAGAAAAAUCAUGGUGUCAAAGAGAUGUCAUCAUCAGCAGACGAAAAUCAAUUAUUAUUUUGGGGUGUUAAGAAAAAUCAUGGUGUCAAAGAGAUGUUAUCAUCAGAAGAAGGAAAUCAAUUAUUAGUUUGGAGUGUUAAGAAAAAUCAUGGUGGUCAAGAGAUGUCAUCAUUAGAAGACGGAAAUCAAUUAUUAGUCUGGAGUGUUAAGAAAGACGAGACACCUUUUGACUCUCAAUCAAAGACAAAUGUUGUUAUUCAAGAGGUAGUUCCAGUUGCUGAACAUCAUCACCACGAUCACUCAAAAUCAAGUAUAUUUUUCUUAGAAGAAGGAUUGAGGCGGGGCACAAAAUUGGAUGCACACUUCCCUAAAAGAAAAUAUUCAAGCCCGUUGUUGCCCCGCAAAAUUGCAGAACACUUACCAUUCUCAUCAGAAAAGAUAAAUGAAAUAUUAGAGGUUUUGGUUGUGGAGCCAAAGUCAGAGAAAGCUGAGAAUGUGGAGUUUGCUCUGAAUAUGUGUGAAGAGCCUGCACUGAAUGGUGAAGAAAAAUACUGUGCAACUUCAGUAGAAUCCAUGGUAGACUUUGUCACUUCAAAACUUGGGAAGAACGUCCAUGUUACUUCUACAGAGAUAGAAAAUGAAGGCAAGUCCCAAAAGUUCUCAGUGAAAGAUGGAGUGAAGAUUUUAGCAAAAGAAGAGAUAAUUUCAUGUCACCCAAUGCAAUACCCAUAUGUUGUGUUUUACUGCCAUAAGUUAUCAAAUAGCAGUGCACAUUUUAUGCCAUUGGAGGGAGAAGAUGGAACUAGGAUUAAAGCUGUAGCAGUAUGCCACAAAGACACAUCAGAAUGGGAUCCAAACCAUAUUGCAUUCAAAGUUCUCAAAGGCAAGCCUGGGACCAUUCCUGUGUGUCAUUUCUUCCCUGAGGGUCAUCUUCUUUGGUAUGGUAAAUAAAGUUAACUAAACUUAUAUAUCAUGCCAAGAAUACUACCCUUGAAUUAAAUAAGGCAUUGUGUGAUGAUGUAAUCUUUCAGCCUACGAUGUAUUUCUGUUUCUUCUGAACUAUGUAAGACAUCAUGAAUAAUGUAAUAAAAAUAAUGAUGAUAUUAUGUAUGGCUUGUGUUAGCUUA